UUUACCAGUUACCCUUACCAGCCCACCGGUGGGAAUACCGGCUCAAAAAAAACUGAUCGUUGGUCGAACAAAAAUUAUUAUUAAAAAUGACAAAAAUAUUACACAGAGUAACGAAACUUUUUCAACCUGUAGUGCAUCAUCCUGAAGGUGCAACGCCGAAAUGUGACACUCGUUCAAAGAGUUAUCAGUUAAUGAUAGACUUAGGGAUAAUAUCCUCUACCAGUCCAGGGAUCGGUCCUCUGGGUCUUGGUCCACUAGCAACAACCCAUCAAAAUUUUAUUGACCUUGCAAACCAAAGAUUUCACGCACCCUUGUCAACACCAUUGCCUCUACCUGGUAUGAAUGAUUCACCUCUUGAAUUCAGUACAAACAAAAAUCAACAACCAACUGUACAUGAUGGCAGUGUUGAUGAACCUGAUAAACAUCAAGACUCAACACAUCGUGAUCGUGAUAACGUUAGACGAUCAAGAAAUGAUAGAAAUAACGAUCGUAGAGAGCGUGAUCGAAGGGAUGAUCGUAUAAGUUAUCGUGAUCGUCAUAAUGAUGAUCGUCGUAGUGAUGAAAAUAAUUUAAUAACAUCGAGUAAUAGUACUAGAAAUAAAGAUGUAUCAUCACCAACAGCAACUACAACAACUGGUGUUACAAAUGUGCCAACCAUGACAACACUUGAUGGUACCGGAAAUAUUUGGAGAAUGGGUAUUGAUUAUUCAAUAAUGGGCAUGGGUCCAAUGACACCGAUACUUAGUGACAUAGGACUAUCACAUAUAGGACACGGCUAUGGACAUAUGGGAAUGAAUAUGAUGUCACAUGACGGUACCCUUAUUGGAGCGCCAUUGAUAACACCUGAUUCAAUUGUCAAUGAUAUUGCUGCACAAAUGAUGGGAAAUAAUUUACCAUCAUCAUCAUCGUCAUCUUCAACAGCAACAAAUCAUCCAAUUUCCAAAGAAUUAAUACAUUGUAAAAAUUGUACUUUAAUACCACCAAGUCCACAUGCACCACCACCAACAACACGUGAAAGACCGCCUGGUUGUCGUACAAUAUUUGUCGGUGGUUUACCUGAAAAUAUUACAGAAAAUGAUAUACAAGAAAUAUUUGAACGGUGCGGUGAAAUAACAACACUACGAUUAUCAAAAAAAAGCUUUUGUCAUAUUAGAUUUGCCAGUGAAGACUGUGUUGAUUCUGCAAUUUAUUUAUCCGGAUAUAGAGUUAGAAUAGGUAGUGGUGUUGAUUCUGCGAAUACUGGAAGACUUUAUGUUGACUAUGCACAUAUUUAUGCAAAAGAUGAUCAAUAUGAGUGGGAAUGUAAACAGAGAAGAUUACAAAGAAUUCAAAGACAUCAAAAACAAUUUGAAGAAGAUAGACAACGUAUGCAAUCUAGUCAAAGGCCAGUUAUUCAUUAUACUGAUUAUGAAGCAUCAAAUAUUUGUGAAAAAAUUAAGCAAGAUGAUACAUUUUUAAAAGCUGUUCAGAUUGUUGUUAGUUGGCUUGAACGUGGUGAUUGUACAAAAAAAAAUGCUAACACAUUUUACUCAAUGAUACAGUCAACAAAUUCACAUGUAAGACGACUAUUAACUGAAAAGUCAUCGUAUGAAGAGGAAUUACAAAGAGCCAAAGAACUCAUGAAAGGCAGAAUGCAAGGAUUAUUAAUUCAAUUCAAUCACAUUGAACGUGUCUUUACUGCUGCAAGUCACAAGAAGGUUUGGGAUCAUUUCACCAAGGCACAGAGAAAGAAUAUCAAGAUAUGGAUGAAACAGUCUUCGGAAAUCAAGUCCUCCCAGCUUGAUGAUGUACUGAUGGAAGGUGAAGGUGAAAUGGAAGUAUCUGACUCCGAGGAUGAACCCCAAAGAAAAAAAGCAAGAUGUACUAAUGGCUCUGAAGACAAUGAUAAAGUACAGACACUCGAGGAAGAUGCUGACAGUUUAAAAUGUCAAUUGGAAGCUUACAAAAAUGAAGUCGAUUUAUUGAAAUCCGAGACAAAAGCAGAAGUUGAUGCCAGGGAAAAACAAAUCAAGGUACUGCAGCAAACGAUCAAGGGUAUGCAAGAACAAUUAAUGGCAUCAAGAAAACAGCAAGCUCAAGAUGAUCAAAAAAUUAAAGAUUUAAUUUUUAAAUUGAAUGGUAAAUCAGCAACAGAUAUUGAUGACAAUGAAGUCAUAACAUUGGACAAAGAUGAUGAUGUUGUAACUGAGGAACCGAAACUACCAAAACUAAUCGCAGCUGUUUCUGGUUGUGUUCAAGUCAACCAAAAAGAUGCUAAACUUAUCGGUUUAAUUUCAACGUUUCUUCAUAUUCAUCCAUUUGGAGCAAGUGUAGAUUACGUGUGGUCAUAUUUGCAAAAAAUAGAUUCUGGAUUGAGGCCAAAUGAGGUCGAAAAUCUCAUGCUAAGAUUUCCUCAAGUUUUUAAACAAGAAUUAUCAGGAAUCGGAGCAAACAUGGAACGACGCUGGUUGUUUUCUGGUUUUAAUACUAUAAAAAAUAAUAAUUGACGACUCUUAACAUACAUCAUCUAGAAUCUCAAAGAAUCAUCAAAAUGUUAUUAAUGAUAGUUUAAUAACAAUCCACGAUCUCACAAGAGAUUUUGAAAGUCCGAUUAGCAAUAUAGAUGUUUAAAUCAUUUUUUCAAAUUAUUCUUUACAAAAUUUAUUCUUUUUUAUUCUUUCUUUUCUAUAUGUAUAUUUUUUUUGUUGCCAUUUUAGUUUGGAUAGAAUUGUUUCUGUUGUUAUUUUCUUGUUUUUGUUUGUUUUUUUUUUUAUCCUUACUUUAUAUAAACCUAGUAUAUUUUCAAAAAUAUUAUGCCACGCGUUUAUGAAAUAUAAAAAAACAAUAAUUAAUAAUUAUUAAUAUAUAUCGACUAUCGUAAUUGUAUUUAAUAAUAACAGUCACUUAUUAAAAAUAAGCUUAAAAAAAAAGUCAUGUGUAAAGUGUCAUCUUAGACUGUUAAAACUAAAAUUAAAAUAAAGAAAAGAAAAAAAUGUUUAUUAUCUUGAGGUAUGUUUUUUGAAAUGUCCCGGGUUAAAAUGGCUGCUGUGUGCGCACUCACUACUGCUCACUACACACACACACACUCUCUUUUUUUUUUUUGUGCUGGCAUAUAUAUGUACAUUGUUUGAGUGUAUUCUCAAUAUUCGUUGCCAAAAAGCCCGAGAACCUAUAACAACGUCUCAGGCAAAUAAAAAAAAAAUGAGAACAAGUGCCUGAAUUUAUCUGAAUAUUGUAGAAACAUUUAUUCUGUAUGAUUGAUUAUUGUAAGGAUUUUAUCUACAUAACAUUCUCACAAAACUAAACAAUUUUCAAGUUGAAUCAACAAAAUUUUGUAAUAAAAACAUUAGGUUUGAUAUAAAAAAAGUAUUUACCUUUAAUAUUUUUUAAAAUAAUUUUCUCCAGAAUAAAUCUUCGCAAAUCUUCGUACUUCUAACCAGAGUUGACCAAAAGAAGAGAGAUUUAUUUUUUUUGUCUACACUAUGCCGGUUAAUAAUUCAUCUUGUGUUGUUUAAAACAAAUAAUUUUUUUUUUUUUUUUUAUUGUUUUGUGUUAAAAAAAAAGUUUAUACACGAGGCAUCUGUAUUUGCAAAUAACAAUAGAAUUAGCUGAAAGUCGGCCAUACUCAAACAACCGCCAAGCAAUGAACAUUAACGAACCAUUUUAAAAAGAAAAAAAAAAAUUGUGAACAAUCCAAAAAUGA